AUGGCGUUCGUAUCGCGCGCGCGGCGCGACACCGGGAAGUUCGGGCCUCCCCCGGCGACGGACGGCGAGGUGCGCGUCUCGACGCCCGCCCCGCUCUCUCCGCGGCGACGCGCGCGCGCGAGCGCGCUCCCUCGCGGGUCAACCACGUUUUCGUCGAUCGCGGCGUCCGUCCAUCCGUCCGUCCGACUCACCGCGCCCUCCCCGACCGCGUCCUCUCGCCCCGCUCCCUCCUCGCAGGCGGUCGGUCCCGGCGCGUACGGCGAGGACCGCGCCUCGCCGACGUACCAGGGCGUCGCGCCGUUCUACUCCACGUCGCGGCGGACGUCGCUGAGCGACGGCGCGGACCGCGCCCCGGGACCGGGGGCGCACGCCCUCCGAUCGUCCUUCGCGGGCGCGCAGAAGCGCGCGACGAAGACGUUCAGCGCGUUCGUCUCCGGGCAGUCGCGCCUGGGGAAGCUCGACACCACGGACGCGGUGGAUAACCCGGGGCCGGGGCAUUACGAGGGCGCCAACGCGUCCAGGGAGACGUGGCCGAGGAAGCCCGCGAACCGGUGGAAGAGUAGGUCGACGGAGGAUGCGUCGUCGUCGUCGACGACGACGACGACGACGACGACGAAGCCGACGCGCGUCACCGCGAGCGCGCCGUCCGUGCCGACUAAAUCGCAGAGCUACGGGUACGCGGUCACCCCGGACGCCGGCGUGGUCCCGCGAGCGCCCCCAAUCCGCGGAUGCAGCGGCGUGAAGGGCGACACGGUCGGUCCGGCGGGGUACGCCCCCGUCGGGCUCGGGACGGCGUUCGGCGGCUCGAAAACGGCGGGGACGGAUUUCGUCAGCAGCAAAUCGAAGCGCGGGUUCGAGCUCGCGCGCGAGCGAGGGACGCUCGGCGACGGCCCGCCGUCUCCCGGGACGUCGUACCUCGGCGAGGUGAAGCUCCGGGUCGAAGAGCAGCUCCGCGUGUCCACGGCGAGGAGGAGCCUCGCCGACGCCGACGCGAACGCGAAUCUGAAUCCGCGUCGUUCGGGCUCGGGGUCGCCGACGCGGACGACGUGCGAACGCGAACCGAGCGGCGCGAACCUCGGGACGCGCGGCGGCGACGCGCGGGUGAGGGUCGACGCCGUCCCCGGACCGGGGGCGUACGCGGCGCCGUCGCAGUUUGACCGCGCGUCUCGAAGGAAGCAAUCGAAGCCGUCGAGGUUGCAGAACUUUAACGUGAGCUCCCCGGCUUCCUACCAGGUGGACGUGGAGACGUCGCUCUCCGCGCCGACGUGGGCGACGACGCCCGGGCCGGGGGCGUACGAGGACCCGCGCGUGCGGUUCAAGACGCGCGACGGCGAGCGGCCGUUCCGAGUCGCGAGCGCGAAGAAGACGACCGCGACCGGCGACCGGUCGCCGGCGCCGCCCGCCGCGAAGAAAUGGUUCGAGCCCGGUCCAGGGCAGUACGACCUCGGCGGCAUGGCGAAGGACGUGGACCGCAAGCUCGGGAGCAAGAACGGCGUGUUUGGGUCCUCCGCCGCGAGGUUUGGCCCGGGGAUCGUGCGCGAGCCCAGGGGGGGCGGGGUCGGCGACCGGGCCGACGACGACGCCGCGGAGUCGGCGCCGGGGACGGACGGAACGCUCGCGCGGCUGCGACGGAAAGAGACGUCCUCGUUCGCGUCGACGUCCAAGCGCGGCGGCGGGUCCGGGUCUUCCCCCGCGGCGUCGCCGUCGCCGUCGUCGUCGCCGCCGCCGCCGUCGUCGUCGUUUCAACUCGACGGCGCGCCCACGCGGCCGAGCAACCCGUAUCAAGCGCCGCCGCCCGGGGCGUACGACGUGGUGAUGAACGCGAAGUGGCUGAGGAAAGGGACGACGCGGGGGACGCUCGGCGGGGAGGCGCGGUUCAAAGAGAGCGGCGGCGCGCGCGACGCGGCGUCGUCGCCGGGGCCGGGGUCGUACGAGUGGACGACGGGGAAGAAAGCCGCGAAGGAGCGCAGCACGCCGACGCUGAGGAGCAGUUUCCGGAGCGGCACCGUGAGGUUCGGGGAGGACUUCGGGGGGGACUCGCCGGGACCGGACGCGUACGACACCGGCGGGUCGAUGAACGUGCGGUCGUUCAACGUCACCGCGCGUUGA